AUGGCGGCGAGCGAACAUCACAGCGUUCUCAGUAGCAGCACCAAGGCCAGCACCAGCACUGAGAAAAUCACAGUGAUGACUAAGCCCAAAGUGUCGGGCCAGUGCCCCAUCUGCCUCAAAGUGUUACAGCAUACAAGCAAACACAUCCGCGAGGUGCAUCGCAUUCAAAACCCAAAAGAGAGGAGUAUACUGAACGCCAUAUCCACUGGCAGGAUUGACAUUCAAAAGGGAACAUGCCCGGUCCCAGGGUGUGGUCUCUUUAGGAGACGACUCUCCAAACAUAUAGAGGGCCACAGUGAUCUGCUCCCCGGCAGAAGGGAGGCCUACAAGCAGGUAGCCCGCAGGGAUGCCGCGUUGAAGCUGCUGUCAGAGCUGCGGGCUACCAACCCUCAACCUCCCAUGGCCUCGGUGUUGGACACUGAAGACAGCCUUGCCUCUGAAUGCCGGCACCCCUCCUGCAUUCAGAGGGAGUUUAGGAUCCGGGAGUUGGAGGUGCAGCUGUUAUUUGCAAGGCCGGGCCCCGGGGAGGUCCACCCCCGCACCAGGCCUCAGGAAGCUUUUCACGGGAAGGGCACCUCCAGUAAAGCAGCAAAGGACCACAGGGAGGGCACCUCCACUAAAAAACGAAAGCGCCACAGGGAGGGCACCUCCACUAAAAAAGCUAAGGACCACAGGGAGGGCACCUCCACUAAAAAAGCUAAGGACCACAGGGAGGGCACCUCCACUAAAAAACGAAAGCGCCACAGUGUGGAUGAGGACAGGCUGCGGAACAGGAGGAGGAGGAGGAUACACGUUCUGGAGGACAGCAGCUCAGACAGCCCCCGCCAGACCCGACUCUGCCCAUCUGCAGUCUUUAGCAGUGACGAGGAGCUAGUGAUCGACCUUGACCCCGAGGAGCUAGCGGUCCCCCUCGACCCAGAGGAGCCAGUUGGGAGAGAGGAGUUACGAGUACUGCCGUCUCCCAUUCGGCUACGCGCUCGCGCCUCGGACCUUCUCAAAGUGCGUGGAGGCGGCAGUGGAGCCGCUCAGACGCGCCGGGGUGCGCUUGAUAAAGCCCUUGAGACGAUCAAGGAGUUGGAAGCCAGGCUGGAGAAGAUGGAUUUGUCUCCCAGCACACUUUUUAAUAGUUAUUGCUUUUCUGAUGACCAGAUCCGGUUUUACACAAAAUUCCCAUCUAAGAGUGUGUUCAGGAUCUUCUGGGAGUCCAUUGCACCAUCUGCAUCCCGUCUAGUGUACUGGACCAGAGCUCAGAAAAUUGGAGAUAAAGAAGUUGCUGAACCAAGCCCUGCACGCCGCAUGCCUCUAAUUGAUGAGUUUUUAAUGUACUCAUUCAGGGUUGCAGUGGGAAUGAAGGAGCAGCUCAUUGCUGACAUGUUUAAAGUGAGCAUUUCUACUGUCAGCCGAGUGACCAUCACAUGGGCCAACUACCUUUUCAUUGUGUUCUCGUCAAUUAACAUGUGGAUUAGUCGGGAGAAGGUGAAAGCCAGCAUGCCUCAAAGAUUUGUGAAGCGCUCUCCAAAUGUGCGUGUCAUCCUGGACUGCACAGAAGUUGCUUUAGAGGGGGCAUCAUCACUAACUUUACAGUCUGAAACCUUCUCUGCGUACAAGAACCGCACCACUCUGAAAGGGCUGAUCGGAGUUGCUCCCAAUGGGUUGGUGACGUUUAUAUCACAGCUGUACACUGGCUGCAUCUCCGACAAAGAGAUCACUAAAAUCAGUGGAAUUCUUCCGCUGCUGGAGCAAGGAGAUGAAGUCAUGGCAGAUAAGGGCUUCCUCAUUCAAGACCUCCUUGAUGAAGUUGGGGCCAAACUCACAAUGCCACCUUUUCGACAUCCUGGAAGAGCAGGGAAGUCUGGAGCUGUGUGGUGUAUAAUGAUGACGUCGCAGGACUUCUCAGGUGGGCACUGGUAA